CGCCGCGCAGCGCACAGCUUACCGUGGAGAAAACACCUGUUGCCACGGAGCGAGUGGACUAAGACGAGUUAGUGUCUUCUACUCACCUGACUGCUCUCCACACACCCACACCUCCCACAGUCCGGUGGGACCAUGUGGGUUCUGGAUAAGAUCCGCGGCUCGGUGGAGACCAGCGUGCUGCGUCAGGGCGAUAACGCAGAUAGGAAAGGCGUCCCCUACAGCAACGUCCUCACCCCGGACCAGAUCCCGGACUUCUUCAUUCCUCCGAAGCUGGUCAGCGGCGCCCCGGAGCCAGAGAUUCUUCAAGUGAAACCCAAAGAGACUCUUCAACCUUCAGCAGCGUUGGAGCAGAGUAACGGCGGCGGCAGGAAGAUCAGCAGCCCGAGGAGUCCCCGCCUGGUGGCCAAGAUCGCCGGCGACACCAAGAACCUGCUGCGAGCCGCGAACCGUCACAUCAUCCAGAUCGAGAGCGCGGACGAUGUUGGCGACACCAACGCAGACCCUCAGUCGCAAACCGCCAUGUCCCUGCCUUACGUUCCCAAGACUCAAACACCGUACGGUUUCGCAACGUUGAAGGAAAGCCCUCACACUCGCCGUAAAGAGUCGCUUUUCCACUGCGAGCUCAGCAGCCCCAUCUCCUCCCCGAACACCCAGAGGAGGACCCACGGGAGGAGCAGCGAUGCGGGGAACCAUCUCAACCCCGCCGACUGCAACAGCUCCCACAUGAACCCGUACCGGUACUUCAGCGGAGGCGAGAGCGACACCUGCUCCUCCGCAGAGUCCUCGCCCUUCAGCUCUCCGUUGCUUUCCCGCUCGGCCUCGCUGCUCAAGAUCUUCACGCAGGAGACCCAGGCCAAAGUCGUGAAGGUCAAGCGGACGUUCGCUCGCCACAGCUCCCUCUCCACUGAUGAGUGCAGCUCGGCAGAACCAAGCCCCAACAUCCAGCGGCGGCUCCACGGUCCGUCCUUCGGUGGGGCUGGGCUGUCGGACCACCAUCGGGAACACACCGUCAACCUGCACAAAGGUGGGACGAUGAGGAUCAGCGCCAACUACGACGCCAGCACCUCCCGCCUGCUGAUCCGCGUUCUGGCCGCGGAGAGUCUCUACGACAAGCACUUUGACAUCAAGAGCAUCAACUGCUGCGUGUCCGUGUACCUGAACCCGGGAAAGAUGCAGAAGCAGAGGAGCAACAUCAUCAAGAACAGCCGCAACCCGGUGUUCAACGAGGACUUCUUCUUUGACUCCAUCAGCGCCGUGCAGGUGAAGAAGCUGUCGGUGAAGUUCAAGGUGGUGAACAAAGGCACGAGUCUGAAGAGGGACAACCUGCUGGGGGAGCGAGAGGUGCUCCUGACCAAGCUGCUCUCCGGGGUGUAAAGCACCUGGAGGUCAGAGGGGGGGGGACACACGGAUUGAACGAUAAAUUAGAUGUCUGCACUGGUUUCUACUCAUACUACUGUUUUUAUUCCACUAUAUGUAAACAGAGUGGACUUUACGAUGAAGAAGGAAGUAUUGAAAUAGAGACUUUCUUUUUACACCAGUCAUCAAAGGAAACUCUUGAUGUAAGGAUUUAUGGUGUUGGACGUUUCCCUGGUUCCUUCUGCUCAUUAAACCCAGCCUGGCUCGACAGCAGCAGAUGAAUUUCACAGAUGAAAGCAUGUUUUUCUUCUUCUGGACAACCCUCUAGCCCACUCCCUUGACUGGUUCAAAGGUUGCACAACCCCUGUGCAUCCAUCGCUGUCCUGUGUUCCUCAUGGUUUUUAUCAUUCUAAUGGGACGUAAAUCCACAGCAGCACAGGAUGUGAAGCUUACACUAUCUGCACGGCGUGUUCGGCACAAAGAUGCUUUUGUGAAUCAGAGCUUUGAAGUGGCACUACAUCCUGAUGUGCAAAUGAACCUUUGAUCCCAGUCCUCAUGGCCCGCCUCCUGCAUGGGUGGGCGUCAGACAAACAAUAGACACAUUUACAUGCAGAUCUGAAAAAUGAUUAUAAUGCAAAGCCCUAAUUGCAACAAUCUGUCAGUAUAGAUAUUAACGGGAAGAAGAGUUCCAGGAAAUGUCUGGGUUUUGCCUGUUAUUUGACUAAAGCGUUAAAGUCAGUUGUUCUUACUUAAAUGAAUUGUGUGAAUCCUUGAGGUGUAACUUACUUAUAAGUUCAAAUCCUGCAUUGUUUACAUCCUAGUUUGCUUUGAAGCGAUCGUCUCCUUGACAGCAUCUGUUGGUGCAUUGAUACGUUUUUCAUUUAGCAGAACAUUGAACAACCAAUGAUAGGAUGAGGAUUGCAAAUUGAAAAUAACAAAUGCACCUACUACGUUUAUUUUUCUUCAAACCUGCGCAGGAUUGUUUUACCCGUUUUUUCUCCCAAGUUUUAUUACAAGCUAAAUACAAAUAAAAGGUUGCUACCCGUGCAACAUUCAAAGACUCGUUUACAAACUAGCUAAUUUCAAAUAUUCUUACCGCCCUUUGUAUUUUCUAUAAAAUGUAGGUUUUCAAAACUCAUUGUCCAGAAAUAAGUUCACACAGGCUGGAGGAAUCUGGAGCUGAAAGGAAGAACAUAUGAUAAACGUUCCCUCAUUUCAAUUUCAGUUUGGCUGAUGAGAUCUUUGGAGCCUUUUGAGGAACCUGUGAGCACGAUCCACUGCAACCUGUCUCGAAGGCCUCAUUCAUUGUGGGCACCUUGAUUAAAUCUCGUGCAACCAGGCAACGAGCUCUCGCCUCGUCUUCACUCUGCAUUCAGACCGGUUCCAUAACGCCGUCUUAUUCUGCACAGACUCACAGUCCAAGAUGAUUACUUUAGUUGCUUUCCUUUUUAUCAGGCAGUCACGCAGCCUCAGUUAAAUCUGCCUCUCCAAUCAUUUUCUCUAAAGCACUUCACAUAUUUCCAGUUGUUGGAUAAUUUUGAUCUCAAUGGGACAAUAAAUGUGCUGAUUAAAAAGCUACACUUCUUGCUGUGUAAUCAAAUUAAACAUGUCUGUCAUGUAAAGCGAAUUUAACAGUCGGCCAUUUAUGCAACCAGUGCCGCUGCCUUAGUCCCAGUAUUGGCAGAUACAGUACUUGUGUGCAUGUAAAUGUAUUAAAUGUCUCAUAUGAGAAUAACAGAGCACUGUAGUAACAGUUGCAUGGCACACAUGUCACUGACAUACUGGUGUUUGCAUGAAAUGCUCAAAGUUUUAUGAAACCCUAAAGCCUUACGAUGUAUAUGUGUGUGUGAGAAUGAGAGAAAGUGUGUGUGUUUUGAUUAGCAUGACAUUUUGUCCUAUGUUUUCUAUGUACGACAUGUUUUGUAAAAUGCUUUUGUUGGAUUUGUACUGUAUAUAUAUCUACAUAAUGUACUAGUUUCUACGAUUGUCAGCCAAUUAUGCACCAGCGAGUGAGCAGUGAUGAUGAGAGGCAUUUUAAUUACGCCUGUUUCAACUUUAAUUACGCCCAAGGGGGAAGAGGUAGAAAUGUCAAGAGUCAAAUAAGGAAAACAAGGUAACGAGGCAGACAAUAUUGAGUGUUUUGACGUAAAAAGCAGCUCUUAUGAGGAUUAUGAGAGCAGACAGAAAAUAAAUCAGAGACAUCACAGAGAUGCAAAUUACUGAGGCGCCUCAAACACAAAGAGCCUUUCUCUCACCUGGUGAUUGUAGCUCCCUUGUAGCACUGUUGUUGAUAUGCUCUCUCUAUAUAUUCGUUAUUUACAGUGAAACUGCUGGUCGGCUUUGUUUUGGUGUGAAAGUCAGUGAUCUGUUGCCUGCUCGUACAGUUAUAGCAUGACUAACAUACUUCAGUAGUGUCAGUGGUGACUUUCAGUGGAUUCAUAUCGUGCAGUGGUGAGUCCAAUGUGCUCUGAUUCUAGAUGAAGAUUUACUGCUGACACAAAUGUUUUUUACACCUGAAAUAUUGUUGAUUCAAAUUGAGUACUGUUUUGUAUUAUUGGAAACAAUUGCUUAUGUGGCUUAUCAUUUAAUAAAAUGGAAAUGCAGAGGGGAAAACAAUAAACAGUAAUCUAUUUACCUCUGCUUACAUAUCUGAAGUCAUAUUAGGAGGUUAUAUCAGCGUUACACCUUUUUAAGUUUAAUGCGUUUCAAUCACGAUGAAGACUGGCAGAUGGAAAAAAGGGGCCCUAUUCUGCACAUCAGGUUCAUAUCAGUAUGUAGUGUCUUUACUGGGACAUGUCUCCAUGCUUUAAUGUCUGAAACCAGAGCCCAGUCUGCUCGGAGUGGUUAGCUGGCAUGCUCUGUUAUGAUUGGUCAACCACUUAGAGAUGUCCCGCCACUUAGCUUAUCACGUACAAUGUGUUGGAGCGCUGGCCAAUAGAAGUGUGGUUGUUACAUAGUAAUGUCACUAUUUUACGGAUGU